GGAUUUAAAAAUUUAGGGAGCUCAGAGGCGUGUGUGGGAGGAAUGAGGACUCUGCGCUCUGCCUCCCAGGUCAGCCUUCCUCCCUUCUCGCCCUGCGUCUGCCGGCCGGGAAGGGCUCUCUCCCCCACAGACAGUGGCCUGAUUUGCUGCUCGCGCAGAGACCGUGGGGGUGGGGAAGGGAACUCCUUUUUUCCGAGAUACUUCUGGAAAGCCAGAGUGGAUGUCACCUUUUCCUAAAGGAGAUAAGGGCCCAGAACUCCCGGGAACAAAACUCGAGGGAGUCGGGCCCCCCGAGAGGAGAGCAGCAGAGUGUUGGAGUUGCCCUAGGCAGCCGCAGGCAAAGCAGCCUUUGCCAACUCUCCUUUCUAGGGUGAGUGUCCCCCAAACACUGGAACAAGACGAGGUGAGCUGCAGCCUGAGGUCCACGUAGUGGACCUGGUUUGGUGGGAGGCGUCGUCGGUAAUUGUACUUGAAAACACCGACCGCAUCUCGGCUGAACAGUGAAGGUGAAGCUGGUUCUGGCAGAGGAAGAUUCCUGUCCUGGCUAAGAGAGAGAGAAGAAGAGGAGAACAUCGAUGUGAGAGAGAAUCAUCAAUCAGUUGCCUCUUAUAUGCACUUGGCCCAGGGAUCGAACCCACAGCCUAGUAGGUAAAUGCCAGACCCCAGAGGAAAGGGCCAGAUGUCCCCCAAGGAAGAAGCCCCGGGCACCGGGGGCGAUCGUUCCAGAGAUGCCGAUGUGCGCAUGGUGUCUUCCACCAGCAAAGGCUUCUGUUCGGUCCGACACGGGCUAGCCCUCAUCUUGCAAUUUUGUAAUUUCACCCUGUGUACCCAAAACAUGAACUUGAGCAUCGCCCUGCCCGCAAUGGUGAACAGCUCCGUCCUGCCCUGCCCGGCCAACGGGUCUGACGCCCGAGACACCUGCAACGAAACCCUCCCGGGGUUCUGGGCAGCGGAUCCUGUGUAUGACUGGAGUCCUGACCUUCAGGGGGUCAUCCUCAGUGCCCUCAACUGCGGCUCGUUCUUGGCUUCGAUCCCCUGUGGCUACGUGGCUGGACUCUUUGCAGCCAAGCAGUUGAUCGGGGCCAGCCUCUGUGUUUCCUCCGUCGUGAACCUCCUGAUCCCACACGCAGCCGACGCCGGAGCGGCCUUGCUCAUCGUGCUCCGGGUUGUCCAAGGCGUGGCCCAGAUCAUCGUCAUGACGAGUCAGUAUGAGAUCUGGCUGAAGUGGGCUCCCCCGCUGGAAAGGAAUCAGCUCAUCAUCUUCAGUAUCUCAGGGCCCGCGGCUGACCAGGACCUUCUCCCGCUUGGUGCAGGCUCCGCACUGGGGGCCUGCUCUGUCGUCCUUGCCGGUGGCUUCCUCUGCGAGACCCUAGGGUGGCCUUCUGUCUUCUACGUCUCAGGUGGGAUCGGCUGCGCCUGUGUGUGUCUCUGGUUCCCUCUGGUGUACGAUGACCCUGAGUACCACCCGUUCAUCAGCGCCCGUGAGAGGGACUACAUCGUGUGCUCACUGGCUCUGCAGGACCGGGUGCCCUAUCGGUCUCUUCCCAUGAAGGCGAUGCUGAAGUCCCUGCCUCUCUGGAGCAUUCUGGUGUCUCACUUCAGCGUGUGGUGGUACAUCUCUGUCAUAACGGCGUACUUACCCACGUACCUCCACUCUGUGCUCGCAGUCAGCCUCAGUGAUAGCGGGUUCCUGUCGGCCCUGAUGUUGGGCGCCAUCUUUGUCUGCACCAUCCUCGGAGGCCUGCUGGCCGACGUCCUGUUCUCCAGAAAGGUCCUCUCCCUUCUUGUCAUCAGGAGGCUGUUCACCGCCAUCGGGGUCCUCUUCUCAAGCCUCUUCUCUGUGUCCCUGUCCUGGGUCAGCGACAGCUUCAGCAUCUCCAUCGCUUUCCUGGUGCUGAGUUUAGCCGCCAGCAGCUUCUGCCAAGUAGGAUCCCUCGUCAACUUCAUGGACAUUGCUCCUCGGUACUCUGGUUUUCUCAAGGGGUUGUCACUGGUCUUUACGAAUCUAUCAGGAGUCAUCGCCCCCACCGUUUCUGGAUUUUUCAUCAGCCAGGAUACAGAAUCUGGCUGGAGAAAUAUCUUCUUGCUGUCAGCUGCCAUCAACCUCCCCGGGCUGGUCUUCUUCCUCGUCCUCAGCCGAGCAGACGAGCAGGAGUGGGCUAAAGACCAGAUGCUCACCCGCCUGUGAGCUAAUGGGAGAUGCCUGAGGACCUUGGGCUGGCAGACACUCCCCUAGUGAGCAAAGUUUAUCAUCCGAAAAGCACAAAAUACUGUUAAAAGAAAUUAAAGAAGAUUUAAGUGAGUGGAAAAGCAUCUCGUGCACUGAUUGGGAGGUUUAACACUCAUCAAACGGCAGGAACCCUGUAAAUGGCCCACAGAGUUAACCCACCUCUGCCAGCAUUGCAGCCAAAUUGCUGUUAAGUCCUAGGUAAAGGAGACAGGUUGUUUAAUAUUUAGAAAACAAAAAGAACUAGCGAGGUUUCAAAUAACAAAGUCAUGAAAUUAUAAUCACCUUCCUCAGUUUAUUCAGCCCCAUGGAAUUAAUUCUCGUUGAUCUUGAUCUCUGUGAGGAGUUACAGGAUGCUGUCCAUUUUCCUGUGAAGUUGCUAUAAAUUCUCACCCAGUUCAGUAGUAUAAGGGGGAAGUUAUGAGAAACGUGUAUUCUAGAAUACUCAGAGUCAUUUCCACGAAUUGAUCUGGAGAUGAAACACUUUUGCAGGAACACUGAACACAAAACUUCAACUGAAUAAAGGACAAAACUUAAAAAUAGCCAUGAUUCAGAUCGCAUGACAAUUUCUUACCAUUCACAAGGAAAUCUGCUUAGUUCUAGGACACAUCACAUUUUGAGGCAAUUGGCAUUAUAACUGAUAACAUAUCAGGACAUAUCAGAAUUUUAAGAAUUUUAUACAAUUUCUAGGACACAUAAUAUGUACCCAUACAGACACAAUAUAAAGAAGGCUUAGAAUUACUCAUUUUUUCCCAAUGCUUCUCAUACAAUGUAACCUUUAAAUAAGCCGAAUUAAUACAAUAUUUCUCUUUUUAUAAGGAGCAAGAACAACUCCUUUGAGAUAUUUCAGAGACUGGAAAACAGCAGAGAGGUUAUAAAACACUUCAUCCAAUAGGAUUGUCGGCCAUUGUGCGACAGUACUUCUACAUGCAAUCAAAGUAAGAACAAUUUCACAGGCAAAACCACAAAAUUAUACAGUUGUGAGCAAAACCACAGAUCUGAUAAACACAGAAAAUUACCUUGGCAAAAGGUAGAAUUCUUGGUGUGUUUUUUUGGGGCGGGUUACUUUAAGGCAAAAAAAAAAAAGUAUAAUCUUCCAUCAAGAGCACACUGCCAGUCCAAGAAAACUCUGUCCUUCCAGUGACGGAAAACAAGUGCCGGUUCCACACAAGGACACUACUGAUAGACAGUAAAACUUAACUUUAAAAUGUAUAACACAACAAUUUAAUUUUAGCCAGCGUGACCAUACAAAGUAAAAUGCUUUUUUCUUCUGUCGUUCCAACUGUGAUUUAAUUUGACCUCUUAAGGAAGAGAAAACCAGAUUUUAGUUUUGUGCCAGCUUACUUUUGAUAUUGAAAACUCAUUC